UCGAUCUCGAACUCGGUCUCGGUAUCACACAACCGUUCUUCAGACGUUCACAGUUGGCCGGUCGGUUCACACCAGAAAGUGCAUCCCGAGAAAGUGCAUCCACCCACAUCCGAUACGCAAUUGGCGAGGUGGCUGAAGCGCAAUGUUCGUCUACUGAGUUCGCACGUGAAGUGAUCAAAUCAAUCAACCACAAACGACACAACAAACCAAGAGAGAGAAAGAGUUAACAAGCUGAUCAAACGCCAGUGCGCACGAUGGAUUCCACCCCAAAAACAAUUGCCAAAGGAUUAACCCACACGAACUGCAUCACUAUCGGCAUCGCAUCCCCAACCACACCGGUGCGCGAGAAGUGGACCAGCAACAUCGAGUUCACGCUAUCCUGCAUCGCGUACUCGGUCGGGUUCGGUAACAUCUGGAAGUUCCCAUACACCGCCCUGGACAAUGGAGGUGGUGCGUUUCUGAUACCCUACCUCGUGGUACUGUUCUUGAUCGGACGCCCCCUGUACUAUCUCGAGAUGGCUAUGGGACAGUUCUGUAGCCGAGGGUGCGUCAAGAUCUACGAUAUGGCGCCCGCAAUGCGCGGUGUCGGUGUGGGUCAAUCGGUCGCAAUGGUCGUGGCAAUGUCGUACUACACACCGAUCCUGGCGAUCACUCUGCGCUAUCUGUUGCUCUCGUUUAGCAGUGAGCUGCCGUGGAGCAAGUGCGAUCAUUCGUGGAGUCGGUGUAUCAAUUCGGACUUUCGUGGAUAUGCGAACGUUACGAAUGGACUGGCCGAGGAUCGCCGGAACGUUUCCGCUGAGCUGUACUUUACCAACACCAUAAUGCACCGAGCACCAUUGGCAGAGGGACUUGGAUGGCCAGAUGGCAAGCUGGUCCUGUGUCUACUCGUCUCCUGGUCCAUUCUGGUUGUGAUCCUCAUCAAAGGAGUUCGCAGCACCGGGAAAGCGGCCUACUUUCUUGCCAUCUUCCCGUAUGUAAUCAUUUUCAUCCUGCUUGCCCACUCCCUCAGUCUGGAAGGUUCGCUCGAGGGUAUCAAGUUCUUCCUAACCCCCAAAUGGGAAAGCCUAUUCUCAGCCAAGGUAUGGAUGGAAGCAGUCACACAGUGUUUCUUCUCCCUGUCAAUCUGUUUUGGUGGAAUCAUUGCGUACUCCUCGUUCAAUAAUUUCUCCAAUAAUGUCUAUCGUGAUGCAAUGAUCAUCUCAUGGCUGGAUACGUUCACAUCCAUCGUAGUCGGAUGCAUCGUGUUCGGAGUUCUCGGUAACUUGGCACACGUCACGCACCGCACCAGCAUCCAGGAUAUUGUGCGCGAGGGCCCCGGACUAACGUUCAUGGCGUAUCCGGACGCGAUCGCAAAGUUUGAGUACUGUCCGCAGCUCUUCUCCGUCCUAUUCUUCCUGAUGUUCUUCAUCGUAGGCAUUGGCAGUAAUCUGGGAGCGAUCACGAGUGUCAUCACGGCUAUUCGCGACCGAUGCCCAACGGUUGAGAAUUGGAAGAUUGUGAUGGGCGUUAGUGUGAGUAUGUUUUGUAUCAGUGUCGUCUACCUUGCCCCUGGGGGGUUAGAUCUUCUGGACGUGCUGGAUACAUACGGAGCAAAAUACGUUACGCUCACGCUAGCCCUGUUUGAGAUUCUCACCUUUGCGUGGAUCUACGGAGUGGAUCGCGUUUGUCGCGACAUCAAGUUUAUGCUGCAGAUCGAAACAGGGCUGUUUUGGCGCAUCUGCUGGGGCAUUAUUGCGCCGCUGCUGGUCGGUGUAAUACUGAUCGUGAGCUUCGUCGACUACGUCCCAUUAAACGUUCCCGCAGAGUAUAAUGUUGCUGGAUGGAUUCUGUACACGUUCGCCAUCCUGCAGCUACCGUUGUGGGCCGGUUACGCGAUCAUGACACAGGACGAGAAAGGCUGCAGGACGGCAUGGAAGACAGCCUUCCAGCCGAGUACCACCUGGGGACCGGAGAACGAGCUCACCCGCGACCAGUACAACAAGAUGGAGAGCAAGCGGAGCCACUUUACUGCAACCCCGGCCCGACAUUGUACGCAAAGAUUGUGUGGCAAAAUAUUUGACUAAUUUGUUGUGCCAUCUAAUAGAUUUACGAUUCAUAACCCCUACUCUUCCAACCGGCACUAUGCGUAAAAUAUUUGUGAUAAAGCCGCCGAGUCGUCGCCGUUGUACCCACUAAUGUGAUACACGAGUUAUCGCCCGAUAAAGCAAAAGGUGCUGGCACUUUUUUUUCUCUCUCUCUUCUAUAACUAGGAUAGCACGCCCAGAACGGACCAAUACGCAGUAUUUGUGCGAAACAGUCACAACAACACUUCAGAGUGCGAUCGUUUUGCGGAAGAGCAAAUAAUUCCGUGAAUUGAAUAGAAAUCUUUAACAACGCUCCUCACCGUCAUCAUUGUCGGCCAUCGAGGAGACGGAGGAAGAUGGUGUGUUUGUUACUGUUUCGCGAUUCGCGCUGUAAAGUGGUGCAUCUAGUCUAGCAAGCAAUAAAAGUUCGUCGUAGAUACGUGUCGUGUCCGUACCCUUUGAGGUAAACGCGGGACAAUGCAGUUACGGACCAUUUUGGUGGUUGCAUAGAGUGAACAACACAGCACUCACCACCAACAGUCGCGUUAUUUGAUCUGGUUUUUGUUUCCCCGUGGGAAGUAAGGGACAAAAGGGACCGUCAGUUACCGGGCGUGCAGUGUGCAGUGUUGCUAACAGCGGGCCAGUUGCCAAAAGUGCGGUACUCCGUUGUGUGGUGUGGUGAGUAAAUGUGUAGGUUACUGGCAGACCCCGUAAAACACCUCACAGCAAAUAUAUUCAAGCGCAGGGACGAUAUGGACUGAGAGUUUGCCAAAAACAAAGGUGGUUUGGUUAGUCGUGACUCUAUCCAGACAUUUUCAUGGUGGAAAGAGUUCAAAAACCGCUGUUGUGCUGUGUGCUAGGGAAAGUGGUUCAAUGUUAUCGAGCUACAAAGCUAUGUAGAUGUUGUUUAUACGUUGUUCAGUGUAGUUUUAUGUGCCAAAAACUAGAUUUUUCUAGUCGGUCGUGAGAAAAAUUUUAAUUAGGUAAUUGAGUACAAUAAUCAUUGAAUUGUUGAAGUUAUGAUUUACCUUAGUCCUUUAAUUCCUUGUAAAUGCAGUAAUUUUUCAGUGUUUGUAAGGCACUGUCAGUAAUGGAACGCAUCAGGGUGUUAGGUCUGGAUCUGAUUCUAUCUGGUUCUAUCUUUCAAUUCUGUUUUAGAAAUAGCAUGUACAUGGAAGUAUAUGCAGUGAUGUGUUAUAAACUAAAUACAUACGCAAAGUGUAAUGAAGUGCUUUGUAAUCUUGACUUAUGUUUAAAAAAUCCUAGAAAAGCACACUGCAAAUUGUUCGUUAAGUUAAGUCAAACUGUACUCUGCAUAUGAAUAAAACUUGUGUACAACAAUAAGACAAAA